AUGACAUACGACACCGUCAGCCAGUCCAUGGAACGAACAACCAAUGGGAAAAUGAUGGAGCAACGCGACGACGGAUCAGCAACGGCGACAACGGCGGCAACGGCGUCAACGGCGUCGACGAAUGAACAUCAGUUCAACCAUAGCACUGCGGAAAAUGUACAUAGUACCAGUGGUGGCAACAACAUAACAUCUACGUUGCUAAACAGCUUCCCUGUAGAUAAGCUCGCAUCACUGAAUGCAAAAAUUUCCAACUCAAGAUGGGUGGUCCCAGUGCUGCCGUCGCAGGAGUUAGACUGCCUGCUGGAUAUCGCAAUUCAGCUCUCACAGUUAGGUAUCGACGGUGACUGCGAACCGUGCGUGCGAUUCUACCAGAAUGAGCUGGCUACGUCGUUCAUCAACAUCCUUACCGACGAUGCCGUCAUGUCGUGGAAAAACAAUAUUCACGUGUGCAUUUUUAAGUCGUGCUGCAAAUUCCUACGACUAGUGUCCCUGCACAUGGAGCGAGAUAAUCAAUCCCUGCUGGAGCUGCUGGCAAUUGUGUUCGAUCCAGAGAACAAGUUUCACAUGCACAAUAUUGCCCGGCAGCCGGAAAAUAUGAACACACCGCCGCCCCCGCCACCUCCGCCGGUAACGGUGCCGGUGCUGGCGAAUCCGGCCGCUUCAUCGUCCUCCUCGUCGUCCUCCUCGUCCUCGUCGUCUUCAUUGCCGGACAGCAGCGAUAGCAGUAACGUCACCAACAGCACCAAUGCGCCCAUCAUCCCGUCGAAGCAAUCGCAGGACGAGGUCGUAGCGUUGUUCGCGAAAUUGCCGGCGGAGUCGAAGAACUCCCGCGGAUGGUUGCUGAACUUUAUCAACCAGUUCGGUGUUUACAAUGGCUUUGACAACUUCCUCAAACGUAUGACGGCGGCCAUCGAGCAGCAUCAGCGUGCGGCGGGCACACAGGAAGAGAAGCCGGACGGGCGGGGCGAAAAGUGCAAGGGAAAGAUUUCACUGCAGCUGUUGUACGCACUGCUCCGACCGUUUGGUUUGUGCGCCGAAUAUCUGACGGUCAAUACGAUCGAGCGAUACCUGCUUCCGGGGUGUCGGUUUGUGCUAACUGUGCUCGAAAGCCUCUCCGACGUGGAGCUAAAGCGGGAGGUAGUGUUUGAGGGAAAGAAUGAUUUUAUAACCGGUAUUGUGAAGUUCGCUCGUGCCUUGUUGACGCGUGUUCCCGGCCAGGAGAGCCUGCUGAACGAGCUAGAAAUGGCUCGUCUCAAGAUCAUCUUGCGUGUGUUACAGAUAUCGAGUUUUAAUGGGAAAAUGAACGCAUUGAACGAGAUCAAUCGGGUGCUGAGCUAUGUCUCCAUAUACCCGCACCGGGGACUAAUAGCCGAGGAAGAGACCGACACUUUGAGCGCAAAUAAGAUGGCCAUGUGGAUACGCAGCAACCGUGUGCUCGCAAUAGUGUUGCGGGAUUCGUUGCACCAGUCGCAGUACGUGGAGAAGCUGGAGAAAAUUUUGCGGUUCCUGAUUAAGGAGAAAUCACUCACAUUCGACGAUUUGGACGCGGUUUGGAACGCACAGGAGGGCAAGCAUGAGGCGAUCGCCAAGAACGUGCACGACUUGCUGGCUAAGCUGGCAUGGGAUUUUAGUGCCGAUCAGCUGGAUUACUUGUUCCGAUGCUUUCAGUCCAGCAUGCAGAAAUCGGGCAGCCGCAAACAGCGUGAACGUUUGUUGGAGCUCAACCGCCGGUUGGCCGAAGACGACAAGAACGGCAUGAUGGCACAGAAGGUGUUGAACAUGUUCUGGAACUUGGCUCACAGCACCGACACUCCGCUGGAGGUGCUGGAGCAGGCACUGCAAUCGCACGUGAAAAUAUUAGACUACAGCUGCUCGCAGGAGCGCGAUGCACAGAAAGGAAUUUGGCUCGUGAAGUGCGUGGAGGAGUUAAAAGGGCGCGAUGAAUGGGUGCUGCCAGCGUUGCGGUUGAUAAGGGACAUUUGCUUGCUGUACGACACUACGCCAAACCAUACGCCCCGGAUGCAGCACACCAUGAAUCGACAGAAAAUCAUCGAUCAACUACAGAACGAGCACAAGCUCGUGAUUCUAGUGACGAACAGUUUGACGUGCUACAUGAACCGCGUCCGGGCGCUGGUUGCUGCGGAUCCCACAAUAAAGCCGACCAAGCUUCGCCUGGACAAUCGAUAUCCGCAUCCGCAGCAGAUACAGGAGCGUUUGGAUUUUUUAAAGUUUCUACUCAAAGAUGGCCAUCUGUGGCUGUGUGCGGAUCAGGCGAAGCAAAUCUGGAACUCCCUGGCAGUGAAUGCCGCCUUCGAUAGUGAUCGCGAAGAGUGCUUUCGGUGGUUUAGUAAGCUGAUGGGUGAAAAUCCUGACCUCGAUCCCGGCAUUAACAGUGAGUUCUUCACGAAUAACUUGCUCAAGCUGGACCCCAUUCUGCUCACGGAGAACGGAAUUAGGUGCUUCGAGCGAUUUUUUCGAGCAGUCAAUACGAAGGACGAACGCAUCGUAUCCGCAAAGCAUCACCAUCGUAGUGCGUAUGUGUUUUACAACAACGGAGAGGACCUGAUUGGGAAGGACUAUCUGUGGCGCGUGAUCACUGCCGGAGUGGAACCGAUUGCAAAUCGAGCAAUAAGCAUACUGAACGAGAUGAUGACGAUCGGGCCAAGGCAUGUGGCUGACGUAAAGGCCUACCACGAGGCGUUCAUAGAGGAAUGUUGCGAAAAGCUGCGUGCCAUGUACCAGAACGUGGAGUUGUUAUUGCGCGAGUUUCCCUCUCCGAAGCCUGUGCCAAAGAAGAUCCAGGAAAAGCCUGUCUCCGCUCCACCGAUGGCGACCGCUGCUUCCAAAGAGGUCCGUCGGUCAGAUGUCGUGGAUUUGUCACGCCGAGAUCGUACAGGCGAAGACGAUGAGGAUGCUGGCAAUGAUAGUGCGGGACUCAAUAGUGAUAUCGAGCGCAAGAAGCUCCUCAUUGUCGAUCAAAUGUGUCGCAUUAUCCGAACGCUGCAAGAGUACAUUCGUGAGUGUGAUCGGAAGUUUCCUGGCGAUAGGUUGGCUCUGCCUCUGUGUCACGCCGUCCGAGGGCGGAACAUAGAGUUGAUUAUCAAAUUGCAGACGCCCGGUCGGCAGCUGGACGACAUCGAGCUCAUCAGCCAUAGUAACGAAACGAUGCAUUCAUUCAAGCGUAGCCUUCUUCGGCGUAUUAAAGUGUUGAAGGCCAACGAAAUCCGUGUAGAUCUGUACGACAAUGGAACGAACGAGCUGGUCAUGGUGCCCGACGAGCAGCAAACGUUGGCGUUCUACGGCGUUAGAGACAAAAUGUCAUUGAUUGCCAAAUUGACGCCAGUUUCCUCGGGGCUAGGACUGGCAGCCGGGUCACCGGAUAGUUCGAGUGAAAGCAGCUCCGGAUCGCCUCCUCGAAAUUACGUGGAUCCAAUCAAGCAAACAUACCAUCACCAGCAACAGCAACAGCACGGCCAUCAUUUCCCCCAUCAGCAGCAAACGGCGGUUAAUCAACAUCCGAACUACAUGCUUGGACAGCAACAGCCAGGUGCAACACCAGGGCAAGCUUACCAACAGCAUAAUGCUCGAUUUUUUCUUCAACCUGGCUCGGAAUCUGAAGACACACUGCCCGGUUUGGUGAUUGCCCAAAAGCCACAGUACACCAAUUUUUUCCUGCAGAUAUACGAACUGGCCAAUACGCUGGAGCACGAUCGAUUGCGCGAUGGAGUGCGAUCGUUACUUCAUCUGCUGCCACUUGACCGUCUAACGGUGAGUAACCUGUACGAAGUGUUUACCUCGUCGCAGAGCACUAAAGUGGAUGUUCGGAAGGCGGCAAUGGAAGCGUAUGUGGUAACCCGGGCAGCUGGUACGGAGCCUUCAGGCAACACAAGUACUAGUAGUGCGGGCGAAGCGCAUGAGAACGAAGCAGAAAUUAAGGCUGUGAUGGAAGCAACGGAGCGAGAAUCACAAGAAACGUUUAAGUCAUUGUUUCUUACUCCCCCGACGGUACGGAUUCUGUACAAUCUAGAAGUAUUAGAAGCCAUGUUGCUGCCCGCCAGUGUUAACCCUCUACCAGUGGCGCUUCAUCAGAAUUGCGCUUCCUCAGCGAAUAACAGUAACGUGAAGGAUAUGGGCGGCAUUCUGGAAGACGUUGCGAUCGGAGACAACGCAACACCGUUGAGUGCCGUGCUGGAGUUUCAAUACGCUUGGUUUAACAGUGGAGUAGCUGAUUUCAUCGUUGGUUUGCUGUCGGAGGAAAACUUCCUAGUCGGGUCGGAUAGGCACUCGAAACGGGCCACUUAUCGUUGCCUAAUGCGCUUGGCGAAAUUUUACUUCCUUGUUGUCGGUUACCUGGUGCCACCGCCAACGUUCUACGAUCAGAUGCAGCAAUACGAGCAGUUCCAGAUGCAAUUGCGGCGCUUCACACCACUGCACAACAUGCUACGGGGAGGAUUACGUUGUGAAAACACGUUAAAUGCGUUUGCUAAGCGAAUGGCUUCGUACAUUUUGGAAAUCGAAAUGCGACCAGGCUUGUCAACUGAGAGUAAUGAGCUUGUCGUUGCGCUAUAUCGAGGCGAAUGGAAUUUCCCAGCUGUCCGUACCAUCAAAGCCAUUAUGGAAGUGGCAUUACGGGUCAGCAAGGAUUGGGAACCAAUAUCGUGGGAAGUUCUGAGGGAGCGCACGUUUGUUUCACGAUAUGUCUCCACCGAUGGAGGGACGAACGAUCCUGCACCCAACGAAAGCGGCGAUGGCGACAGUAAGGAUCCUUCUUGUGAGAACACGGCGGAAGAGAUUAGUGACGCAAGUAAGCGUCGAUAUAGCACUAGCAGUAUUGGAAGUAACUGCAGCAGCAGUAGCGAUAGCAGCUCCAGCAGCUGCUGUAACAGUAGCAGUAGCAAUUCGGCUGGACCGGGUACAUCUAUGCAGCAACAGCAACAUCAGCAACAGCAUCCGCAGCAGCAUCCUCAACAUACGAGUAAUCACCCUCAUCAUCAUCAUCAUCAUCGUCGUGAUCAAGAUCUGCUUCUAGUGGGCAUAGUGGAUCGUAGCGUAGAUUAUGAAGUGCUACAUGUUGCAUUGGAAGUGCUGGGACUCACGCUGGCCCUCAAUGCGGACGCGGUAAAAGAUCUGCACAAGGAAGAAAGCCUAUGGGACACGUUUCUUGGAGCGUUGCUGUUGGUAAACCCAUCCGCUAAAAUGCGUACCUUAGCACGGGAACAGUUGCUAGCGAUACUCACGGGCGAUGUGUCGGAUGAACUACUGCAGUCCAUCGUAUGCGUGCUGCACAACAUUUGGAGCCGGGUGAAUCAUCGCACCGAAACGUGUGCGGACUAUUUGCAAUUAUUCGCACAGCUGUUUCAGUACAAGGGCCGUUCUGAAACAAUGCCCAUUGAUAUGGACGAACUGUUGCAAACGGAAAUCAAAUGGCUUUAUUGGGUGCAGGACAAUGUGGCGGAUCACGGCAAAACGCUUGUCCAUGAGGAAAUCCUAGAAGGACACCUUUGUCUGACCAGGGCGCUCGUCUAUCACAUGAAGCCGGUGGAAAAGUGUCGUUUAAAUGCUUUGCUGGUGGAUAUAGUGAAAGAGUUUAUCUUCAACGCGUCAUUCCAGUACAUUUAUUAUAGACGACGAAAGGAGAUCCAUUUUCAGCUACCACCUGCGGUGUGUCGAACAUCAAGAACCAUUUCGGCUGCGCUUGAUUUGGUUGUGGCGCUUAGUCACAAUUCCGUUGAGCUUACCACCACUAUUUCGAUGAUGUUAAACGAUAUGUUUUUCAACGACACCGAACCUGUCCGAGAAUGGGAAUAUUUGCCUCCGGAUGCACCGCGCGCACCGCACGGAUUUUGUGGUCUUAAGAACGCAGGUGCAACAUGUUACAUGAACUCAGUUCUUCAACAGCUCUAUAUGGUUCCCGCCCUAAGGAAUGGAAUUGUUCGAAUACAUCAGGCCGUCAUCGAACAUGAGGAAGAUUUCAAUGACGAUCCAGAUAGUCAAUCUUUGCUCGGUGUUCACAAGGAAGAUGAUGGAAAGAAUUAUCACAUAGGAAUUCUAAAAUAUGUGAUGGUCAUUUUUUGCUAUCUUGGUCAUAGCGCUCUACAGUAUUAUGUACCUCGAGGAUUGUGGAGACAUUUCAAACUACAAGGAGAACCAGUAAAUCUACGCGAACAGCAAGAUGCGGUUGAAUUUUUUAUGUCCCUUUUCGAAAGCAUUGACGAAGGUAUGAAAGCCUUAGACUGCGAACAGUUGAUGUCCGCCACGCUGGGCGGUUGCUUUAGUGAUCAGAAGAUAUGCCAAGACUGUCCCCACCGGUACAGCAAAGACGAACCAUUUAGUGUACUUAGUGUCGAUAUUAGAAACCAUAGCUCGCUAACGGAUUCUCUGGAACAGUAUGUUCGUGGUGAAAUACUAGAAGGUGCCGAUGCGUACCACUGUGAUAAAUGUGAUGAGAAGGUCGUUACAGUGAAACGGCUGUGCGUUAGCAAACUGCCGCCCGUACUAGCAAUACAGUUGAAACGGUUCGAAUAUGAUUACGAGCGAGUGUGUGCUAUCAAAUAUAAUGAUUAUUUCGAAUUUCCACGCGUACUGGAUAUGGAGCCGUAUACUGUUUCUGGAUUAGCAAAACUGGAAGGGGAAGUCAUAAAUGUUGAGCCAAAACAAGAGGAUCAAGGGUCUACUCGUUACCAUUUGACUGGAAUAGUGGUGCACAGCGGGCAAGCAUCUGGUGGUCAUUAUUACAGUUACAUUCUGCACAAGAACUAUGCCACAGGGCAAAAGAAAUGGUACAAGUUUGACGACGGAGAAGUAACAGAGUGCAAAAUGGAUGAUGACGAAGAAAUGAAAGCGCAAUGUUUCGGCGGGGAUUAUAUGGGCGAGGUGUAUGAUAACAAUCUGAAACGUAUGCAGUAUCGAAGACAGAAACGUUGGUGGAACGCAUACAUGUUGUUCUACACACGGAAUGACGUGUAUUAUGCAAAACCACCCAAAAAUGCGUUUUGGUGGCAACUAAACCAAGGCCCGUUAUCAUCACAUAUCAAAGCUCAGGCCAAGUCUAACAUCGAGAGUUUGUCGUUGGCGCAAAGUGAGCACUAUUACUUCACCAUGCAAUCCGACGUAGAACGGUGCAUACGGAUCCAAAAUAUUCGUUUUUUACAUUCGAGAAUGCUGUUUUCGGCAGAGUUUUUCACCUUCAUGAAGAAAUUGACGGAAUUCCCGAUUAAACCAAAGAAUAAAGUACCUAUCUGGUUGCUAGUGAAAGGGUUCGAGGAAGUUUGUCUGCUCAAAGUUCGCCUAGCAUCAAAGUUUCUGUUCCACUCGGGUUUUAAAACGAAGAAAAUUAUUAGAGGACAAGUUAUGGAUUGGUACGAAAUCUUCCGUGUACAGCUUGAAGGCUCGGUCCUCGUUAGGGAAUGGUUUGCCGCGAACGUAUUGCUCGAGUCUCCCGGUCGUUUAUGCGAAUAUCUAUUGGCAGCCCCGUUGCCCGAGAUCCGAUCAUGCUUUGCAAAGUUGAUCGUUUCAUUUUGUCACUAUUCGGCCGAGGAUGAACCGGUGGCAGGUUUCGAUGGCAGUAACCUAUGCGAACAAGUGCUAAUUGCGGUACUUAGUUUGCUAAAAACCGAUGUUCCAGAACACGGCAAACAUUUACCGCAUUAUUUCAGCUUGUUCUCCAUGUACGCUGGCCUAGGCUACCGGGAAGAAUGCCAGUUGAUUAAGCUAAACGUGCCCGUGCUCUUCAUGAAAGUGGCAAUGGAUGAUGGCACGGGACCUGCAAUCAAAUAUCAGUAUCCAGACCUGAGUAAAUUGCACCACGUCGUGUCUCAUCUGGUGCGGUCGAUGGACGUGUCUUCACGGUGCCGCAGCGCUGUCAAUGGAUCUGUCGUGCUGGCAAACAAAUACAUAAAUGACCAUAUUACCAGGAAGAAUGCGUUGAUUCCAAUGUCAGAAGAAUGCGUGGAUUAUUUGUAUAAUCGAACUGGCUACAUAAAACGACUAUUGGAAGAUGUGCAUGUUGGCGAGGAAGGAUUUAAACUGUUGCAAUAUUGCUGCUGGGAGAAUCCGCACUUCUCCGGUAUCAUACUUAUGGAGCUGCUAUUCCAAUGUGAUUACGUUUACUGGCACGACAUGAAACACUACACGGACUUGUUGCUGCACAUUCUGCUGAUUGAAGACUCGUGGCAGGGACAUCGCAUAAUGAACGCUCUGCUAGGUGUUGGACACGAUAGGGACGGUUUGUGCGAGAUUAUCAGGCGCAGCAAACUAAACUACCAGAAACGUGCCUAUCAGUGCAUCAAAUGUAUGGUGCAUUUGUUUUCGAAAAGCCCGGUAGCACUGAAUAAGCUACAUUCGGAUGUUUCGCUUGCUAAGCAGUGGACGCUAGCGAUCGAGUGGCUACAGGAGGAGCUGGAGAAGCAUCGCACCACGGGCAACAGUCAAUACAAUUACAAUUCAUGGUCUCCACCAGCGCAGAGUAACGAUAAUACCAAUGGGUUUUUGCUGGAGAAAUCGCAAUCCGUAAGGGACAUUCUUCAGAUGGCGUUCGAUCUUUGUCCGGAUGAGAUUCAAGACUCGGAAACAAUGGAGCAGCAGAUAGUGUGCCAUGAGGCAGCGGUGAUUCACCCCGGUGAAGAAACUGGCUCCACUGGAAGCAUGUCCGGUAACGCAAUUGCUAAUGCAAAGUCCCCGCAAGUGUCUCCUGUUUUGCCUGUCACUCUAGGAACCGGCACUGUGACUGCAUAUACGCAUCCAUCACCGUCUGCGUCUGGUUCGGAGACGAUGGUGUACGGCGAAAGUCACAACGGACCGAGCACCGAUACCGACCGGAAUGUCUCUUCGAGUGUGAAGCAGCUGAUGGGCGUAAUAUCCAACAUCGACAUUAAUUCCGAUAACUCCUCCUCGGAACAGCAUGCGAAAGUUAUCAGAUCGUCAGUAGUGGCCACCACCAACAACUCUUCGCAGCCAUCGUCUUCACCAACUCCAGCGGUGUGCCAGUCUACACUAUCAACAUCUCCAACAACCAAACCACAGACAACCUCGCCGAACACUGUGAACAAAAAGGACCGCGCAGGUCGUCAUGGUGACGGACAGUCUUGCAACAGUUAGCAGAAAGAGGUAUGACACAUCUGAAGUAUAUAACCCCCGGGCUGGGUUAGGAGUCGGCAACGAUUCAUCAUUGUGAAAUGAUAGAACACUAAGUACGUGGCGCGCGAUGGUUGCCGUGCGAGGGAUAAAACAGAGAAAGAAUCAUGGAAACGGAACCCAAUACGCUAAAGGAAAUGGACUUAUGUAGCUAGUAGUUCUUGUCAUAUUGCGCUUGAACUGAUUUAGAAAUGGAUGGGAAAGGAGGGUUUAGAAGAACGAAUGUUGGGAAAAAGGCGCAAAGGAACGAUUUGUAUCUGUUGUUAAUGGCGAUGGCGUCAGCGGAAUAGUAGGGAAAGAAAUAAACGGGAGGAGAAAAGGUAAAACAAAAAAAACAUAAAAAUAUAGCCAACAAACAGAAGUAAAUAUGAUGAACACACAUGCAAACAACGCCUCAACACACAAAUACAAA